AUGGACAACAAGUUUGAUCCUCCACGUGGACCGCCGCCCAACGUGAGGACCCAAUCCCAGUCGGAUGUGGAACGCACGCAGGAUCAGCGGAGCGCUCAGCAGCCGCAGAGUGCGCAGCGUGUCUCAUGGACCGUCGGUGGUGGGCCGAGCAGCAACCGGGAGCUUCCCUCGAACAAUCGCUAUCGUGAUAACACCCCAAGCGUGCCCGCCCAAACCCAGCAGAGGCCUUCAAGUCUGAAGCGCCCCAUCAGCGGACAUCAGUCCAUCUCAUCUGGUGCUGCGACCAAGGCUCCUCUUCCUCACAGCGCUCCCGUAGUACAACCAAGCCAUCCCAGUGAUGUGGAGAUGAGCGAAGACAGCUUCCAACCUCCUCCAGGUGCACCAUCCGACCGUACGGCCCAAAAGAUGGAAUUCCAACCUUCUCUGCGCCCUCCACCAGGAUACAAGCCUUCCAUCUCUCCAGACCCUCGCGCACCUUCCAUGGAACCUCCUCCAUACGAUCCGUGGGUUGGUCCGGAUGACAGUCUGCGGCCUCCACCGCCCAUCUUUGAGAAAAGCAGCCCGACUGCAAAUGCGGAUUAUGAUGAUGCUGCCCGCGCCCACGCAUGGUGUACGGAGAAUCCACUUUGGCCAGCCAGGGAACAUGACGCCAUCUUGAUCGAGAGAAUCCAAGAGGGUGACCUUCGCCUCACUGUUCCUCCUAACACCACGGACGUAACCCAAUACCAGCCUGCACUUGGAAAAAGCUAUAUACGUACCAUGCCUCAUUUGGGCGACACGAUCCUUCUCUCCGACAUCCCGAUCUUUGCCUCCUUUCGCCAGAGUCCCCUGAGUACCGGCCAACCGGCCACCAUCUAUUUUGAAGUUCACGUUCUGGGAAUUGGGGAUCGCUAUAACCAAAACAAUCAGGUUGAAUCCGGACUCGCUCUCGGAUUCGUUGCUCCUCCAUACCCAGCCUGGCGCCUCCCAGGAUGGCAUCGUGGCUCUAUUGGUGUUCACUCCGAUGACGGUCGCCGCUACGUGGACAACAGCUAUGGUGGCAGAGACUUUGUUGCGCCCUACAAGAAAGGUGAUGUCGUCGGGAUUGGCAUGACGUAUUCCCCGCCGGUGCACGGAGAUCGUGUCAGCAUGCGGUGCAAGGCGUUCUUCACGAGGAAUGGCAGGAUGGAUGGUCACUGGGAUCUCCACGAGGAAGAAGACGCGGACGCGGAUGCUGGAUCCCUGGUUGGUCUGGAAGGCGAGAAUGAUUUACUUGCUGCUGUUGGUGUCUUUGGCAGUGUGGAGUUGGAAGCCAUCUUCAGAAGCGACGAUUGGUUGUUCAAACCUUGA